AUGAGUAACAGAAUGCAAGACACUAAGUUAAUUGAGAAAGAGAAAGUACUGAAGCAUAAUUUAGAGAAGUGGGUGAUGAUAGAGGAAAAUGUCUACAAGCAGAAAUCAAGGGUGCAAUGGCUGAAACUGGGAGAUUCCAAUUCAGGUUACUUCUUUGCACAGAUGAAACACAGGAACAAUACAAAUAGAAUCCAAAUGUUAACAGAUGAUAUGGAAAGGCAGCUAGUUCUAGAUGAUGAAAUAGAGGCAGAAAUCCUAGGCUACUAUAGGAAGCUACUAGGAUCAAAAGAUGAUUCCAUUCCAGCUAUUAAUCCUAAUGUAAUCAAAAUGGGAACAAUCUUAAGUAGAGAGCAACAAAUGCAACUGAUCAAACAGGUAACUAAGGAAGAAAUAGGAGAGGUAUUGGAAGAGAUUAAUGAUCAGAAGGCUCUGGGAUAUGAUGGAUUCAAUGCUAUAUUUUUCAAAAGGGCAUGGGGAAGUAUAGGAGAAGAGGUGACACAAGCUGUUAAGGAGUUUUUUGAUAUUGCACAAAUGUAUAAACCAGUGAACUGUAUUUCCAUAACUCUAAUCCCUAAAGUCAAAAGUCCAACAAGUAUAAAAGAGUUCAGCCCAUAUCAUGAUGCACAGUGA